AUGCAAGGUCAAUGUAUCCAGGUAAUUGUCCAACUGAAACGGGCUCGGCCUCACAGCGAGAACCAGAUCCAGUGGUGUAAGGGCGUACGCGAGACGUCCGAACCGCUUCAGGUGGACGCCGUACUCUUCGAUGUUGAGGUUGAAGAAUUCCAGAAUCAGAAUGAUCCCGCUCAUGAUCGAUACGGUGUACACCAUUGGCGUGUUAACAAGCCCCAAAUUUGUGGUGGACCGGCCAGACCGAAUCCAAGCCUUGUGUCGCGGCCCCAUAUACUGGGCUGUUUGAUUGAAAAAUGUCCGUUUGGCAACUAUUUGGCCGCUAGAGACCACUUUUUGGGCACCUGCAUUGAGCGCAUACCCUCGCUGAGCGAGAACCCGCAGUUCAAUCUCCAUUUGAAGUCAAGACCUGCUCCAGCGCCUGCUGCUCGGCCUUACUGGCUGUGGAACACAAACAAGCCCAAUUCGGGAGUGUUUAUCAAUGGGAGCCAGGUGGAGGUUGUUGAGAGGCUGAACAAGACAAAAAUCGUUUCCAACGAGCUUGAUCAAGACAUCCAAGAGGCAUCGGACUCGGCGUUGACCAGCGAUUUCUUCAAAGACGAAGAACGUGCAAGAAAAGACGACAGCCGUGCAUUGUUAGAAUUGAAUAGAGAAAGUGAAAAGUUGAGACAGAAGUUCUUCCAGAUGAAGAAGCUGUUUGUGGAGAAUGGGUCUCCAUCUCCGGCAGAACAGGUUCCAGACUCCUCAAUUGUUUCCAAAACUUUCGGUUCUGGAGAACGGAGCAGCAGUCCGGUUGCUCCCAAAGAGGAAAUGAGUUUGCAAUUGGAGUUUGCAACCUGGAAACAGAUUUACGACUCCGAGGUCAUGGACAAGUCUAAAGACAGCUUUAGCAACCGGGACGACGCCAUCAAACAUCUGGACGAUCUUCUGAGCGUCGACAGCAGCAGAUGGAGCAGCGAGGAGGAAGAAGCCGAAGAAGAUGUGGUUGAAAAAACAUGGCCAAAGAAGUUGAUGAAACCGAAAAAGAGCAAAACGAGAAAAGUCCGCACCAAGUCGAGAAAGGGGCCUGACCCAGGCCUGGCUGCGAAAAACGUGCGGUACUCGUCCAACCUGUUCCGUGCACAAAAUUGA